AUGGGGCAGACACAGCAAACGGAGAACUGUAAGGAGAUCGACGUCAAAGAUAUUCAAGAUAUGUAUAAAAAGUUUGUCAUGGAGUGCCCAAGCGGACUACUUUUUCUGCACGAGUUCAAGCGUUUCUUUGGUGUGGACCCAACGGGAGAAGCGUCCGAUUACGCGGAGAACAUGUUUCGAGCUUUUGACAGAAAUGAUGACAACACAAUUGAUUUCCUCGAGUUCGUGGCAGCACUGAAUCUUGUUUUCCGGGGAGACCUGGAGCAUAAACUGCGGUGGUCGUUCAAGGUGUAUGACAAAGACGGCAACGGCUUUGUGGACAAGGAGGAACUACGCUCAAUAGUAGAUAGCCUCUAUCGGAUAAAGAAAGGCAUAAAGACCGACAUGUGUGAUCCACAACUUACAGCAGAUGAGGUUGCGGAUCGAAUAUUACGGGCCGUCGAUAGUGAUGGUGAUGGUCAUAUUAACCUGGAGGAGUUCAUCAGAGGCGCACAGGAGGACCCCUGGGUGCUCAACAUGUUGCAGUUGGACAUGAACCCUGCUGGAUGGGUGCUGGAGCAACGGAGAGCACACUUCUGA